AUGGAUAUUUUGAAUAAGCUACACUUGUUUAAAACGAUCCAUAAGCCUUCCAGAGCAGCUGUCCAUGGUUGUCCGGGGCUGGGAAGCGCUGUCAUGGAGGAAACCCAUGGCAUGGUGCCACCAUCAGGACAUGCUGUUGUUUGCGAUGUGGGUGGGCGGGACCAGUACUGCUUGCAAGCAUGUUUCGUGAGCCUUGGGGAUGAUCAACGCUCAACGGCUCAAGCAGCUAAAGCAUUAAACCAACCUCUCAAACCCCAUCGUGUUUUUGCAAAAAUCCUUUGCGCUGCGACCGUCAUGCGCGCAUUCGCGGUGCUCAUUGCUUGUUUGGCGACCACUUCGGCCAGCCGCCGGCAUGAUGUUUCCCAGGCAGAUCUCUCCCCCGUGCUAGAGCAGGACUACGAAAAAGUCGAGGCUGCUGUGGAAGGGGCGGUUGAAAAGAUUGACUCCGAAGUCAAGGCUCUUCCCAAGGCGGUGUCAGAGUCCUGGGCCACAGUCUCCGCCGUCGAGCAGGUGGGCCCGACUCUUGAUGACAUCGUGCCGAAGGCUGCAUCGAACCUCGUGAUCACGACGGAAGGCGCCACAGCUUCUGAUCCACAUGGCAUGUACUGGCUCGAGGUCAACCUGUCGACUAUCGAUCCCUUCAGCUGCUCUCGCUUCGCAUCGAAAGCCGAGUCCCUGAUGAAUGCCCUGGCGAUGUUUGGCUUAGACCCCCACAUGCUGCGCUUCUCCUGCGAUGACCAGACGUUGACCGUGACGAGUUCCCAGCGACCUUGGCCCAUGGGUGCAGAAACGCACAUGGGACUCUUUGCAACGCACAUCAAGCAUGUCAACUACACGGAAUCCACCCUCGCGGAUGCCGACAUGCUGCUGGCCAACAAGGAUGCACCGAUGUUGGAGGAGCUCCUGCAGGGGUUGCGGGUGGACCUGGACGUCACCUUGACAAAAGCUUUGGAGGAGGUCGUCGCCCUACACCUCCAGCACUUGGCUUCAGUUCAAAAUCCUGUUCCGGAAGUGAAUGAAUCUGAAGUGGACCACGGCAAUUGCAGCGCGGAUGAGCUCCCCUGCAAGUACAGCUGGGAGGGCCCUUGCUGCAGCUUGAGUGCUUGCCUGAAGCCGGAGGAUCCAGAGUAUGAUUACCCGGGCUAUGCGGACGGGCAAUGCAGCUUCAACACCACGAAGUGCUGGUACUACUGCAAGGAGCGCAACGAAAAGAAUCAAGAAAUGGUCAACGGCUUCGUGGAGAAGCUGGUGGAGAUGUUCAAGGGUGCGUCGGCCGACUUGCGCCUGUCGUACAACGACACGAAGCGCCGUGAGCUCAUCGGACUUGUGCCCAUGCUCAACAUGAGCUAUAACGACCUUUUGGCACAGAUCAAGAGUCUUGCCGCGGGCCACCCGCUGCUUUACAAUAUGUCAGGGAAGCCGUGGUCGGAGCCGCUCGCAGAUGCGCUGGAGGCCGCUGCCUAUGACUUGGACAAGCUGGAGUCCGUUGCGGUCAAGAACCUCCCGGGCAUGAAGGUUACAUGGACUUUCACGAACGUGCGCCCCUUCAAGGUGCUGGGCAGCCUCGUGCAGGACCUCGGCCUGCUCGAGCUCCUGCGGCCUACUCCAACCACCCCGGGCAUGAUCGAAGCUGGGACCACUACAGGGAUCCUGGCCACUACGGCGAAUACCGCGGUUACCACGGCGAGCCCGGCCGAAUCCUUCAAGAACUGGGAGGACUUCGUGGAGUUCAUGCCUCCCGGCACCGCCAGCACCCCCCGCGCGAAGGCCGCGGCCGUGCCGGAAGAGGAAGAAGUGCCACUUGUGCCAGAACUUGACCUGGAGAGGGAGGUGCAGAAGGGGGAGAGCCUUUUUCUCGACGCGGAAGAAAAAGCGGAGGUGGUCAUGGAGUCGAUCGACAGUGAGCUCCCUUCGAAGCCGAGCAAGGAACUUACUCCGCUCAAGGCUACCUUUUCGUUGGGGCCUAGCUUGGGCCAUUUCGACACCGAGCAAAAUUCCUCCUACAUGCUCUUCCACGGCGAGGAUACAAGCUACAAUGCCUCAGCAGGCUAUGGAUUGCAAGUGAAUGUCACAGCGACCAGCGAGGAGGCUGCGACCAAUUUCACCGAUCUAUGCAACAACCUCUCAGCAAGCUUGGCACAUUAUCUUGAAGCAGGCGGUUUCUCGGUGAAGGCAUAUAGCUGGGGCACGCAUGUCACCAUCGUGAUGGAGGGCCCCAUCGUGCCCAAUCGGACUCAGGAAGACGCAUCACUAAAACGGAUGAUGGAUCACGUCGGCCACGUGACUUUCACGGUCUCGGCGAGCAACAGCAUCGAGCACUUCAUGGCCAACCCGAACGAGUCCAUCUGGGACCAAGCCAAAACUGGUAUUCGAUGGCUCUUGGACGCCACGAUGACGGAUGCCGUAGAGAAGGCCCUUCUCCACCAGGCCAAAAGCCGUCGACCCCACACCCCGUCACGGAUUGAGAGCGCCCUCUUGGAUACAACAGUGGCUGAUACGAAGGUCGAGAAGAGCUCCAGUGGCCCGCAGUGCGGUGAACUUGAGGCGGCUUGCGAGUCAUGCUCUUGGUGCGGCCCUUGCUGUACUCUGGCCACAUGUCUCUCACCGGAACCUGGUGUGGAGGACCCUCGCUGGAAGGAGACGCAGUGCCGCUACAAUACAUCCUGCUCGUUUGCAUGCCCCGAGUCCGUAGAGUCCGUAGAGUCCGCAGAAUCUGUGGAGAGUGACCAGAUCGAGAAGAGCCCCAGUUCGCCCAGUGCCCCCGCAGAAUCUGUGGAAAGUGACCAGAUCGAGAAGAGCCCCAGUCCGCCCAGUGCCCCGCAGUGCGGUACAUUCGAGGUGCCUUGCCAGGAAUGCUCUUUUUGUGGACCUUGCUGCUCUGUCGCCUCUUGCCUCGCACCGGAGGAUGGCCUGGAGUAUGACCUGGCCGUCUGGAAGGAGGAGCAGUGCCGUUGGAAUGAGACAUGUGCCUUCGCAUGCCCCAGCCCCGAAAGCCCUCAGUACACCCCGCAUGAGAACGCCUUGGCGGUGACUGAGAAGAUCCUUGGGCUCUUUACCGGGGGAGCGCUGGAUGUCCGCGUGGCCUACGACUCGGACAUGGCGCAGGAGGUGUUCAAGUCGAUCCCCCAGCUGAACUUCAGCUUUCACGAGCUUCAGGAGAAGUACCGGACCCUCGCAGAGCUGGGUCAUUUCGAGCAGGCGGCCGGGAAUCCUUUGGCUACUGCAGGCGUUGAGCUCCUGACAGCAGCGAACCAAUCCCUGGAGUAUGUGGAGACUGUGGAGGUGACGAACCUGCCAGAUGGAAUCAAGGCCAUGCUGAAGUUCGACAACAUGAAGCCUUUCCAGUUCAUCUUCAGCCUGCUCGAGGGAAGCGGCAUCUUGGGCAUGCUCGCAGCGCCACCUGCUUCUCCUGGCACGACCGCAUACGAGCCUUAUGAGACCACGAGCGGCUAUGUGCAUGAGUGGCACACAACGCAGACCACCCUCGACUCGGAUGCGGCGCUUUUCGGAGGAAGCAGCCGCCAUCUGCUGAGAGUUCAGGAGGCUGCCUUGAGUAUGUCGGUUUUGGGAACACCAGAGCAUGGUCACCACGAGGUCAAACGCGUGGCGCAGCCUUUCUUCAAGGAAUGGAAGAAGUCACCGAAGGCGGCCACGCGGACGUUCAACAAGCUAGCAGAGGCCAGGCGUGCGUGCACUGCCAUCCACCUGCUGAAGGCCCUCCGAGAAGGCGGCAUACGCUCCAACAUCUACCAUUUCAACGAUGCCAUCAAUGCUUGCGGCAAAGGUUCUCAAUGGCAGCAAGCGCUGGAGAUCUUCUCCUCGAUCAAGCGGCACCACUGCGUGCCAAAUUCGGUGAGCUUCGGUGUGGCGAUCAGUGCGUGCCAGAAGGCCGCUCUGUGGCUCGAAUCCUGGGAGCUGCUGUCGCAGAUGCUGCGAGCCAAGAUGACGCCAAAUGUGAUCACUUUCAGUACCGUCAUCAACGUUUGCGCCAAGGAGGAGCGCUGGCAGCAUGCUCUGGCGCUACUCAGCGGGAUGCCUGAGUUGCAGGUGAUCCCGGACAAGUUCAGCUAUGCUUCGACCAUCAGCACUGUGGGCUCCGCCUGGCUCGUUGCGAUUGCUCUCCUCCAGGAGAUCUUUGAUGUCAAGAUGCUGCCGGACAACGUGAGCUACACGAGCGCCAUCACUGCGUGUGCGAAAGGAGGCUGCUGGCACGUCGCGAUGCAGUUGCUGAAAGAGAUGAGCGCAGCUCGCUUCAACGGCGAUUUGUUCGCAUACAACGCCGCGAUACGAGCUUGCAAGGCUGCUGGACAUUGGCCCCUGGCCCUGGGCCUUCUCGAUGCCAUGCCUCCAGCUGCCCUAGCGCCUGAUGUGAUCAGCUACAGCUCCGUCGCCAGCGUCAGCGGCGAUGCCGGCUGCUGGGAGCUGGCACCGCAGCUGCUGCUGCACAUGGCGCGAGGCAGCGUUGCAUCCAACGUAAUCAGUCUCAGCGCCGGCAUCCGUGCCUUCGACCGGGGAAAUGCGUGGAGAGAGGCACUCGAACUCUUCUGGUCGAUGCCGAUGCGGAAGGUCCUGCCCAAUCCCUUCAGCUACAGCUCUGCCGUCAACGCUUGUGGGACGUGCCUGGCCUGGCAGAUGGCCCUUUGUGUUAUGGAGUCCUCCCCACCUGGCCGCGUUUCCUUCGGCGCGGCCGUGGCUGCCUGCGCUGGGGCGACUGCAUGGGCCCCAGCCGUGUCUCUUCUACGAGGAAUGGCGGCUGCGGAGCUUCUGCCCGGGGCGGUCGAGGUGGGCACGGCAGCAUUUGCCGUGCGCGACGCCUGUGGCCGCAAUGCCGCGAUUCAAUUUCUCAGAGACAUGGCCAUGCUCUGGCGGGCAGAGUCUCGUGGAAGGAGUUCACCGCCGCCGCGGCUUGACAGAGCCUACCCUGGAGAGAUUCUCGGCACAGGGGAAGGACUGCUUGCUGCGAACAAGCCCGAGGGCAUCAAGACGGAAUCAUUCGUGGCGGAGCUUGCCUUGCGCCUCACCGGGCGCAGGGACGGCCUCUUCCCAGCCUCGCGCCUGGAUUUCCCAACCUCAGGCGUUCUUCCGGUGGCCUUUGGAAAUGCCGAGUCGCUGUCUACACGUUGGCUGCAGGCCCAACUGGCCGGUCGGCUGGUGCAGAAGGCAUAUGUUUGUCUUUGUGAGGGGACAAGCCUCGGACCGGUCGACACGGAAGGCUUCGUUGAUGUGCCGCUACUUACUCUGGAGAUUGACGGCCUUACGAGCCGCAGCGAAGUCAACGACCUCGGCCGGGAAGCGCGGACUGAGUACAAGGUUCUCAAUCGCUUUCAGGCUCCACUUUCGGAUGACGAGGCCGAGAAUUCUGAGCUGAUGUUGCUUUCUGCACACCCGAUCACGGGCCGCACGCAUCAAAUCCGUGUGCACAUGGCUCAUCUGGGACGGCCUUUGAUUGGUGAUCGAACAUAUGGCAGGCGCAAGGGCAGCUUACUGCAAUGCCCACGUCUUUUUCUGCACUGCGCACGCAUCAGCUAUCUCGACCUCAACGAGGCGAACUUUACCGCCCACGCACCGCUACCUCCGGCGCUUGCAGAUAUCCUCGCCCCGUUGCACACCGUGGAGGGUGACGGAGGUGACAUCGACAAACCCGGAUGA